GACUCCCCUGCUUCGCCAUUUACUUCAAAAAGAAGCAAAACUAUCGGCCAAGUGUGAAGACCUGGAAUCCAGAGCUCGUCGAAACAAUCCGCGUAUUUAUGGGGUGAAAGGAGGAGAGGAAAAGACCGAUACGAUCACUUUCAUUAUCAGCCUGAUGCGCUCUUCACUAGAGUUACCGGAUGAUCUGGAUUUGUGCAUAGAGAAGGCACAUCGCUCGCUGACCAUGAAACCAAAGGACUCCGCCCCUCCAAGAUCUAUCAUUGUCAGGUUUUCUAACCAUAGAGUUAAAGAAACGAUACUUCAACAAGCUUGGAAACAACGAGGAGGCACAUACAAAGGGCAAAAGGUCUUCUUUGAUCAAGACUGACGAGAUAAAUCCCUGGAGAAACUUCCGCUGAAAUGGGUCGCAAAGAGGCCGACUAUGACUGGAAGAAGAGCACUGACAACAUCCAAGAAGUGUUCGACUUCAUAGAGGUGCUCGGAUCGGGAGCGUUCUCUGAGGUGUUCAUGGUGAAGGAGAGGAAAACAGGAAAGCUCUUUGCCAUAAAGUGUGUGAAGAAAAAGAACAAAAGAGACAUCAACUUGGAGAAUGAGAUUGCUGUGUUAAGGAGGAUUAAACAUGAAAAUGUUGUGGGGUUGGAAGAUCUCUACGAAAGUCGCACUCAUUACUACCUUGUCAUGCAGCUUGUUUCAGGUGGUGAACUGUUCGAUCGGAUCCUGGACCGGGGAGUGUACUCGGAGAAGGAUGCUAGCUUAGUGAUCAGGCAGGUACUCGAGGGAGUUAACUACCUGCAUAAGAAUGGCAUAGUACAUCGUGACCUCAAGCCUGAGAACUUGUUGUACUACAGUCCAGAUGAGGAGUCCAAGAUAAUGAUCAGCGAUUUUGGACUUUCAAAGAUGGAGGACAAGGGCAUCAUGUCCACAGCCUGUGGUACCCCAGGCUAUGUGGCUCCAGAGGUGUUGGCUCAGAAGCCUUACAGUAAAGCAGUGGACUGCUGGUCUAUUGGAGUCAUUACAUACAUACUUCUCUGUGGAUAUCCCCCCUUUUACGAGGAAUCAGAGACUCGUCUUUUCUUGAAGAUCAUGAAAGCCCAGUAUGAGUUUGACUCUCCUUUCUGGGACGACAUCUCAGAAUCUGCAAAGGACUUCAUCCGCAACAUGAUGAAGAAGAAUCCUAAUUUGCGCUACACAACAGAGCAAGCUCUUAGACAUCCCUGGAUCAUUGGAAAGACCGCCCAAAGCCGUGAUAUCUACCAUUCCGUCAGUGAGCAGAUCCAGAAGAACUUUGCCAAGUCCAAGUGGAAGCAAGCUUUCAAUGCGACAGUGGCCAUCAACCACAUGAAGAAACUACAGCUUGCUCAUGGUGAGGCCUCAGUCAAACAGAGCCAGACAAAGACUCAGCUGCCUGACAUAAAAGUCAUUUCAACAGCUCACCUUGAAGCAACAGACAACAACCCGGUCCAUGACAUUUUAGAACCCAAUGGCAACCUGCCUUGCAGUCAUAUGACUUUGCCAUCUGUUUCCAUGGAAACAAAGACUCAGUACCUUCUGCCGAAGGUCGGCCAUAGUGUUACACUCACAGUCAAUGAGAAGACCAAGCAUGUGUACCACUCCGAACCAGGAAACCUAAAUGGGUAUGAGAAGACAGGCACCAGUCACAGUGGGGAGAAACUUCAGACUUCAGCAGGUGUCUGCUCUGUCAUGUGACUGGCCUUUGCAGCAUUAUGAGUGGACUUUAAUAGGUAAAGCAAAUAGAAUUACGCGACCUUUUCCAUUUGGUAGAUGCUUCCCUGGCGUCUAGAUUUGACAGAUUUAAUAGCGUCUCAUGGAGGUCUAACAGUUUCUCUUUAGCGGUACUGGAAUUUGAACUUACAUCCUUCCAAUCACUUGCCUUAACUCCUGAGCUACCACUCCCACUUAGUAGUAAGAUGGUAUAUAUAUUGUGGUAAGGAAAAAAAUAAUUAAUCGCACCGUUAAUUAAUUAAUAAAUAGCCUAUCGUGUACCAUGACAUCAUAAAAUAAACUGGUUUCUGGUGCUUUUCGUCUGCGCAAGAAUAUUAAACCAGGGUCCAUCUUUACUUUUUAUGAUAGAAUCCUGGGAGCAUCGGCGCCAGUUGGGAAUACACCCUUGACGGCAUAUAUCUAUUAAUAACUUUUAUUUGAACUGAAAUUAGAAGUCAUUAGAAAUGACUAGAAAUUAGUCAGUACAUGUUUGUUUGUUUUUUUUUCCAAAAAGGUUGCACUCUAGCAAACAUAUUUUGAUUAAAUUACUAUAAUGUUCCGAAGGUUAAGGUUAAGAUUAGGGACGGGGCAAAUUCAAGUCAAUUCAAUUCUGUUCUAUUUGUAUAGCUUUUUUUUUUUUUUUUAAACGAAAGUCAUUGUCACAAUGUAGCUUUACAGAAAUCCAGAUGUAGAUAUUAGAUUCCUAAUGAGCAAGCAAGAAGCAACAGUGGCAAGAAAAAACUCCAUGAGAUGGCAUGAGGAAGAAACCUUGACAGGACCCAGGCCUAAAAGCGAACCCUUCCUGUUCUGCAUGACUCUGGAUAGUGGAAUUAUAAAUCAUCACUCUUCUAUAAUUGUAUCCGUAUACAGUCAGACUAAGUGUGUUGAAAAGAUGUUCAGUAUGAGUAUCAUAGUCUAAAUGGUUACAGCAGGCGUUCUUAGAUACAAGCAUACAGCACUGAAGACUGAGGCUGGAUAUAUAAACUGCUGCUAUAUACCGUAUAUAAACAUAUAUAAGUUUGGGGAAGACUCACAUUGUGUGUGAGUGUGAUGGU